AUGACAUUUACUGCCUUGCUGUUCUUCUGUAUGCUGAUGAACUUCCUAACAGAUGCCCGAUCAAUCCAGGAUGGAGUUGAUCUCCACCGGGAGCCUGUAGCCUUGCCGUACUGGCCCUUCUCAUCCAACGAUUUCUGGUCCUAUGUGGAGUAUUUCCGAACCCUGGGAGACUACGACAGGAUCAGUGAAAUGGCCAAAGCCUUCUUUGCCCAGUUCCCAUUUGGGAGCCAUCUUGGCUAUAACGUGCCCAACCACGAGCACUAA